UCUGCUGUAAAAUGCAUGCAAUGCCUGACAUUAUGGGGGAAGAACAGCCACUGUAAAAGCAAGACCUGGCCACGUGGGUACAGGAGGAAGCAGGAAACGAGUAGCACAUGGGAAGUGGCAACUACCUCCUCAGCCUCUCCAUCUUCUAGGCUUGGGCCUUUGGAUUUGCUCCAGCUUUGCUCAGCGAGACGAAAUGCAAGGGGCAGUUGUGCAGUGCUGCCUCCCGAACAAGCCGUGCCGCUCGCCAUGGGCUCCAGGCUGUCCCUGGAUGACUCCGUGCGCGUCGUGAUCGUUGGAGGCGGCUUCGGAGGCACCGCGGCCGCCAGCCAGCUCAAGUCCUGGGGGGUCCCCUUCGUGCUGGUGGAUAUGAGAGAUGCUUUCCAUCACAACGUCGGCGCGCUCCGGGCCUCCGUGGAGAGCGGAUUUGCCAAGAAGACUUUCAUCUCCUACUUUGCCACCUUUGGGGACAGCUUUCGACAAGGCAAAGCUGUUGGAAUAGACCCUGGGAAGCAACAAGUCUUGCUAAGUGAUGGUGAGGAACUUCACUACUCCCAUCUCAUUCUUGCAACGGGCAGUGAUGGGCCAUUCCCUGGGAAGUUCAACAGAGUCAUUGACAUGGAAAGUGCCAUCCAGACCUAUGAGGACAUGGCCAAGGAGAUUGAAAAAUCUCAGCACAUCCUGAUUGUGGGAGGAGGUUCUGCUGGAGUCGAGAUGGCUGCAGAGAUCAAAACAGAGUACCCAGCCAAAGAGGUCACCCUCAUUCACUCAAAAAUUGCACUAGCCGAUGUGGAGCUGCUACAUAGCGUCCGUCAGGAGGUGAAAGAGAUUCUCCUCAGGAAAGGAGUACGCCUCCUGUUAAGUGAAAGGGUCAGCAACCUUGAGAACUUCACUCUAAACCAGUUCCAUAAGGAUAUGGUAGUAAGGACAGAAAAGGGCACAGAGAUUACGGCCGACAUGGUGAUCCUGUGCACGGGGAUAAAGAUUAACUCUUCAGCAUAUGCCAGUGCAUUUGGGGAUAAACUGGCAAGUAAUGGUGCUUUGAAAGUUAACCAGUACCUCCAACUGGAAGGCUAUGAGAACAUCUAUGCUAUUGGGGACUGUGCAGAUCUGAAGGAACCAAAGAUGGCCUACCAUGCUGGGCUCCACGCCAACAUUGUGGUGACAAAUAUCAUCAACAGCCUGACACACAAGUCUCUUAAAACCUACCAGCCAGGGUCGCUAACAUUCCUGCUUUCAAUGGGCAGGAACGAUGGGGUAGGCCAGAUUAACGGUUGCUAUGUGGGACGUCUCUUGGUGACUAUUGCUAAGAGCCGGGACCUGUUUGUCUCCAAGAGCUGGAAGACAAUGGGGCAGACAAUGCCCUACUAGGGAGUUCAAUAACAAACCAGCAGGAGCUACACAAAAUCAAAGAUGGUGUGGGGGCACUUUCAUUGCCUGGACAGACUGAUACUGUCUCCUACAGCAUCUCCUAAAGCCACUCUUCAGCAUGGUGCAUUAAAGAAGUGCCCUGUGUUGCUGUAAAGGGGAGGAAGACACUCUCCAAAUGAAUUGCCAGAGAAGCUCUCAUGGUAAAAGCAGGGGAGGAAUGUUUCUCUUACUUCCCUGUGGGGGCAGCUCUGAGCAAGAAGUUUGGUUUACCUUAAUUUGUAACAAUAAACACUAAUUUUCAAAAUC